AUGUUUGUGUUUGAUUGUGGUAGAAUGGCUCGGAGGAAUACUAAAAUAUUUCAUUUCAAUAAAAAAGAUGUAAAGGAGUAUUCCAUGGCUGAUAAUAGUGAUCAUGAAGAUGCACUAAUCUUGGUUGAAGAAGAUCGGGCGUUCAUUCUCCAGGAUAUGGAAGCUGGAGUAUCUAAAGUUAUAAUUGAGCUCACAGGUGCACCAGAUUCCACCCCAGGACCAGAUCUAACUCAUGGCCCUUCAUCAUAUCUUGAUUCGCCAUUGAGUAGUGCAGUACCGGAGUAA